AUGGCUGCAGCGAAAUCCUUCAGACCACUCGAGGCGAAUCCAGUCAGCGCGGACCACCCCGAGAAACGUCCCACGGUUCUGGGCAUCUUCAUCUUGGGCUCCUUGCAGCUGUCCGUCGUGCUGGCCGUGAACGCUGCGCUGGUGCUGUUCUACAGCAUGGUCACCGAACACGGAGUGGAUGUCUACGACUUCCUCGCGAACCCGCACGAAGAUUUGACCAGCGAGAUGCUGUACCAGUGCUCCUUCACGGUUGGGGCAUUUUAUUCCUUUCUGGUUUACCUUUUGGACAUGUGGAGGUGGCAGGGCCGGUCCAACUUUGUUUUCUGGGUUUGCACCCCUGUCGCGGCUGUCGCGAUCUUGGUCGGCAUACUCUCUUUGACGCCGAUGUUCCCGUAUGUUCCGCUUAUGCUUGGCAUUAUCAGCACAGUCGCUGCAACUGUCCUGCUCAGACGAGCGUUCUUCCCCCAAGUCAAGGAGGAGCUUUACUGCAAGAUGACCGCUCCCGUGUUCUUCGCAGUGGCCGCCCUGGAUGCCGUCGUGUGGCUGACGUGGCUCGUCCCCGCCACCCGCGACGGCCACACGGCGUGGAGCACGGCGGUGGAGCAAGAGCUCGAGGCGCGCCCCCUGGCCGCCUUCGUGCUGUGGUCCUCCCCGGUCGCCCUGGCGGCCGCGAACGCCGUCAUCGCCGCCUUCAUCUUCCUGCGGCUCCGCUUUCUGCAGAGGAGGCGCGUCGCCCCCGAGGAGCUCCUGGGCCAGGGCGUGAAGCUCAGCCUGGCGCUGCUGGCGACGCUCGGCCUCAUCGCCUACGCGGUGGCCAACCUGGGCGGCGUGGAGCACGGGGACGAGAUCUCGGAGUACCUCCUGGUCUUCUGCGGCCUGACCCUGCUGCUGCUCUUCCUGUACAUCGCGAGGUGGGUCGGACUGGCGCGCCUGGUGCAGCUGGCGCAGGAGGAAAAGGGCGCGGUGGCCGUGCUCACGAGCGACUGGGUCAAGGGCCUGCUGGUGCUGUGCGGCUG